GUAGUGAACAGAGGGCUACUAGUUAGCCCAUAGUUAACCGAUAAUGAGCUGUGUUUGGUGAAGUGUUCACAGCUCAUGAUCGAUUCAACUCUUUUGUUUCGAUCACACGACUCACAUUCAGCGGGAAUCUGAAGUUUCUCCACGCGGAGAAUCUUUAACAGAAAGUGUCCGGAUUCCGUGACUCAAACAGCGGGAUGAUGUGUGGACGCGACGCGGCGAUUAGCGGCUCUCUGCUCGGCCUCCUCCUGCUGCUGCUGACCGCUAAACUCGGCGACUCGCAGUCAUUUCUUUCACAGAAUCGAGCUCAUGAGUUUCUUAUGAGACACAGACGAGCAAACACAAUGUUUGAAGAGCACAGGAAAGGUAAUUUAGAGCGCGAGUGUAUCGAGGAGCUGUGCAAUAAAGAAGAAGCUCGAGAAAUCUUUGAGAACAAUCCAGAAACUGAAUAUUUCUAUCCCAGGUACAUCGUUUGUUUGGGGUCUCACCGGGUGGGCAUCACUAAUCCAAACUCAGUGCCGGGAAUCCCUCAGAACCUCCGGACGUGCGUGCGAGAGAUCAGUAAUCAGUGUCUACCUCUGCCGUGUAAAGCGGAGGGUUCUGAGCGCUGUGUGGACGGUCACGGUUCUUACACCUGUGUGUGUAAACCGGGUUGGACGGGUCAGCAGUGUGAGGAAGAUAUAAAUGAAUGUGAAGAGCCAAAUGUGAGUUGCAGUCAAACGUGUCACAAUCUUCCAGGCAGUUUUAAGUGCAGUUGUGAGCGAGGUUUCUAUACACACGAUGACAUUCACUGCUUCGACAUUAAUGAAUGUGUCAUGUAUCCCAGUAAAUGUGCUGAACCGGCCAAAUGCAUCAACACGCCAGGAACGUUUGAGUGUCGCUGCCCAACAGGAUACAAAUAUAACACAACAUCACAACAAUGUGUCGAUGUAAAUGAAUGUGAGCAGGACGUGUGUGAUGGUGAAUGUUUAAAUACAGUGGGGAGUUUCCGGUGUUACUGUGACGGACGGAGCCGUUUGAGGUUAUCAGAGGACGGGCGUGUUUGUGAGAAGAUCCCACAGUGUUUGGAUCUGUAUGAUUAUAAACAUGAGGAGAUGCUUUAUCUGGGAGAACAGUUCUCCGGUUUAUCUGUCCUGUAUCUGCGCUUCCUUCUGCACUCGGACACCAGGUUUGCAGCUGAAUUUGAUUUCCGUACCUUUGAUCCAGAAGGUGUGAUACUGUACGCCGAAUCUCGAGCGGACUCGUGGUUUAUGUUGGGUUUACGGGGCGGCCGCAUCGAGGUCCAGUUUAAAAAUAAUUACUCGUAUAAAGUGACGAGCGGAGGGAAAGCCAUAAAUGACGGUCAAUGGCACGUGAUCUCAGUAGAGGAGCUGUCAGGUAGCAUCAGUGUAAAGAUCAGUAAAGAAGCCAUCAUGAGUAUCAACAGUCCUGAACGUCUCUUUACGCCUCUCAAUAAUAAACUGGAUGCUAAAUUUUACAUCGCUGGACUGCCCAAUCCCAACCAGAAUCUCAUCAAACCCAUCAAUCCGAGGUUGGACGGUUGUAUUCGAGGUUGGAAUCUGAUGAAUCAGGGUGCGUCUGGAGUAAAGGAGGUGAUUCAGGACAAAGAGAGCAAACAUUGUUACGUUUAUGUGGAGAAAGGUUCAUUCUUCACAGGUGGAGGUUUCGCUCAAUUCAACAUUGACUACAGCCGAUCAGGCAGCUGGUUAGUGGACGUCACGAUGACUAUUCGGCCUUCCAGCAGUACCGGUGUAUUAUUUGCCCUGGUUAGCGAUGACACUGUCCCUCUAUCUGUUGCCGUGGUAACACGAGGACCAGAGGAUGCGGAUCUGCAGGUGUUUCUGGACGGCGUCUCUGUUGCUGUUCUUCAGUCCCUCAUGUUGUGUUAUCCAGACCGGCUGCUUAUAGAAAUGAAAGUCUCACCAGAUCAGAUUCAGCUCACAGCAAACUCCUCCACAGUGUCCUACACUGACUCUGAGACUCUGAAUCUGACCUUAUCUAAACUCAACAACACUCUUCAGAGCCACGUUCACACUUAUAUAGGAGGACUUCCAGAUCUUCCUUUGUCUAACACUCCCAUCUCAGCGUAUUAUCACGGCUGUCUGGAGAUCAGUGUCAAUGGACUCAAACUGGAUUUUGAUGAAGCUGUCAGUAAAGAUAACAGCAUCAAAUCUCAUUCCUGUCCUCCUGUAUCCUCUCCUGAACCUCCAUCUGUCCAACCACAGCCACACUAAACAGGAAAUGACAUCACAGCUGAUCUGUUACAUUCACUAAUCAUUGACUUUAUUUCACCAUUGCUUGAAUCUGAUUUAAAUUCCUGUCAAUCAUAUAAUAGUUGUGUUACUUCUAGCACCCUUACUAGUGUUCUGUAUGAUCUCCCUAUCUAGUGUUCUGAAUGAGCACCCUAACUAGUGUUCUGUACAAUGAAUGAAGUGGGAUUCAGGCAGACUUUCUUGUGUUUGUUUGGUGUCUGUUUUAUUGUUGCUUCUCUUUUAAAUUGAUGUUUUUAAUACAUUGACUUGGUAAAGCACUAGUUAAGCUCUUUAACUAACCUGUGAAAACUGACAGAGCUAUAUUGAAUAAAGCUUAUGAGGUUUUAAGAUGUGCUUCCACUAUUUAAAGAUAAAGUCGUGAUAUGAGGCAGAGCUGAAAUCUGAAACAGGACUCCAGUGUUAUGUUGUGUUGUCUCAGUUGUGUGUUGUCAGUUUAUUUGUUCUUAAACUUUAGUAAAUGAUCAUCACUGCUCACUGUGUUUUUUUGGUUUUUGUUUGAUCGUUUUACUGUGAAUGUUUUUAGGUGAAUUAGUUCAGCAUUAAUUGUUAUAAUAAAAUAGAGUAAAAUACA